GGGCGGGACCAGCGAGCGCUCGGUGACGUCGCGGCCACAUCGGCUGAAGUGAGGCGAUGAGGGAGCGAUGGAGCGGCGGCCCUCGAAGCUCUGCGGCUGACGCGCACUGAGGUGCCUAUUACGAUGCAAUGGAAACUUUUGCAAUGGAUUGUAAGGGCAGUCGCUGUUAAGGAGUAGCAAAGCCAAACACAGUGUGUUAUUUUAUCAAGUACAGUUGAAACUCCUUCCAAGUGUAAACCCUAUUUGUUCAGAUAAAUUUACAGAACUUUGUGUUUGAAGCAAACUUGCUUGUGGAUGAAUUGGAACUCACCUCAAAAAGAAAAACUGUGGAAACAUGUUUGCCAAAUUGAAGAAGAAGAUCGCUGAAGAGGCAGGAAGCACCUCAAAGCCUGGUAUGGGACGGAUCCCAAGAUCAAUCAGUAGAGACUCCAUUACCUCAGUGGGAGCUGACUCGGGAGAUGACAUUGCCUCUGACAGCAGUUGUUCUCGAGAGGAUUUGUCGUCUCAGCUGCUACGUCGAAAUGACCAAAUUCGAAAGCUGGAAGUUAAGCUGUCAGAUUAUGCUGAACAGCUGCGUAAUUUGCAGAAGACAAAAGAGAAGCUUGAAAUUGCAUUAGAAAAACAUCAGGAUUCCUCAAUGAGGAAACUUCAGGAACAGAAUGAGGCGUAUCAAGCCAGCAGAGCAAAAACAGCAGAAACAAUGGCUCUAGCCUUGGAAAAGAAGGAUCAGGAGUGGAUGGUGAAAGUUUCAAUUCUUGAAAAGGAAAAAGCAGCGUUUGAGGAUCAGCUGAAGCAGAUGAAGGAUGAGAAUUUGAAUCUGUUUCAGAAACGUGAUGAACAGGAUGAACUGGAUGGAUUCCAGCAGCAGGAACUUGCCAAAGUCAAACAUAUGCUCCUGAGGAAAGAACAAAUGUUAUCCAAUGUUGAAAGAGAACUUGAGGAACAGAAAACAGAGCUAGAUCAAACCAAAGAGGAGCAGAAGGUCUCCAACCAGAAACUUUCAAACCUAAACCAAAGGCUACAGCAGCUAGAGAAUUUAAAUGCAGACAUGACCAAGGAAAGAGAGGAACUUCUGGCUACAAAACAAAGUGCAGAAGGGAAAAUAACUGAAUUGGAACAAAGGGCUCAGGAACUGCAGGAUGUGACCCAGCGGUUCUCAGCUGAUUUACAUAAGGCGUCUGUAGAGGCUGAAGAGAAGGGAAAAAUUAUUGAGCAUCUACAGGCAAAAGUACAUUCUCUGGAAAAAAGGAUAGAGGGAAAUUACUCAGAGGAUGAGCACGUUCAAGAGCUGCUUAAGGAGAAAUCCUAUCUGGAGCAGGUACUGGAAGAAAGUAGGCAUCAUUUGUUAGAAGCUAAGACUAGCCAUGCUGAGGCUGUGGGAACUUUUGAAAGACAGUUAGCUAAACUAAAGAAUGAAGUAGCUGAAGUACAGUCUUUGAUGAAGCAAAAAGAGGCUGAUAUGCAGAGUUUCAAAGAUAAGAGUGCAAGUCAGAUCAGUGAACUGGAGGAAAGGUUGCAGUCCACCAAUGAAAAGCUAAUGCAGAAAGAGAGUGAUGUAAAUGAGAAAGAAAUUCAAUUAAAAAAGCUGCAGGAAGAACGUGAAGCUGAGAAUGAUAAAUUACAACAUCAGAUUGCUGCCUUAAGACAUCAACACCUUGAGAGGACCAACAGAGUGGACGCCCAAAUAGCUGCUCUUGAAACUGCCCGUGAAUUUGACAAAACAGCCUCUCAACACAAGCUAUGCCAGCUCCAACAGAAAAAUGAAGAAAUAAGUGACAGACUAAAUGAAACUGAAAAUGCUUUGAAGAAAGUUGAGUGUGAACUUGAAAAGUCAAAGGACAAAUUAAGAGUCAGCGAAACUGCAAGUGCUGAAUUUACUAAAGCUUUAGAAGAAGUUAGAACACAGAGGGAUGAAUUGCAACAUGAGGUGUUAACAUUAACAGAAAAGCUGGAAGAAAAAAAUACUUCAAUAAUCAAAAUGGAAGAAGAUUUCAAGAAACUUGAACAAGACAAGGAAGCGCUAAGUUGCAACUGCAUCAGCUACAAAUCGGAAAGUGAAAGUUAUAAAAGUAUAGCAGAAAGAGAGGGGGCAGCACAGAGCCAGUUAAGUGAUCUCAAGCUGCAGGUGACUGAGAGCCGGCAACUAUUGGAGGCCAGUCAGAGGAAGGUAACUGCUCUGGAAGCAGAACUGAUGGCCCUUAAUCCCCCAGAAAACGGCGAGAAAGAGCAAAAUGGAGAUGUUGCAAUUGCAGAUGCCUUGCAGCUUCAGCAGGACAACCAAGAUUUGGAGCAACAGUUGACGGAGAAAAAUAAGACAAUUAAGCAGUUGCUACAGAGGCUAGCAGAACUGAAAAAGACAUUGCAGAAGGAACUGAAAAUGAAACCAGAAAUGGACCCUGCUGAAGUCCGAGAGAGAUCCUGCUUCGAGCCGCCGGGCACCGUUAGUAAUUCCUCCACAGUUGUAAACAAUUCUGAUCUGAAUGACUCCAGGGAGAUAAAUUUUGAGUAUCUUAAACACGUUCUUCUCAAGUUCAUGUCUGUACGAGAGUCAGAGGCAUAUCAACUGGUGAAAGCUGUGUCUGUGCUACUAAACUUUACACGCGAGGAGGAGAACAUGUUAAAGGAAUCCUUAGAAUACAAGAUGUCUUGGUUUGGAUCUAAGCCUGCCCCUAAAGGUAUUGUGCGUCCAUCAAUAUCAGGCCGACCUCCCUCUCACUGGCAGUGAACUAAGUGCAGUGUCUGGAACAUGCACUCUCACAAGAACCAUCGACAUAACUCUCUGGGUGAACACUACAGCUAUUGAUAAGAUAUCCUUAUUAAUGUUUUCUGUCACUGUUAUGACAGUGUUUUUAAUACAGGACUACCCGUUUUACAGCUGUUUACAUUUAAUAGUACCUGGUACUUUAUAUUACUGCACCUGUUAAAUGCAGAUGAAGACGUUCUCCUAUGGGGAAUGAUAUUCAUAGAGAACAAGUAUGGACAGAUUGAAAUUCUGGGAUAAUUCGUUUUGGUCUUGUAGCUUUAUUACAGCCCUGAACAGAUUUGAAUGAAAUACUGUUUGAAAUGACAUACUAUCCUGCAUCUUUGUACAUGUGAUGCUCCUUCAUGAGAAAACAUUAACGAAUGCUUACAAAUGUCUGUUCCUUAAGUUAUAAUUUUCAUUCUUAGCAUUAGAAUAUAAAGAUGGGACUAAAUCUAAACAAAAUAGCUGAAUCUCCAUGCCCUGGUUACAGAAGAGGAGGACAGCAGUGCUGUUCAUAACCGCUUUUGAACUCAGUAUCAUGGUCAAAUAACAUGUUUUUGUUUCUCUUUUUCAAAAGACUAAAAUGUGCACAUCUACAGUGAGUGAUUUGGAUUUGAUAAAAGCAGAAAAUGAAUGAAAGAUGAUGAUAGAAGAGACCAAGUUUAAUAUUGUAAUUGGUCCAAAAACUUCACUGCAGCCCUUUCCCAAAUGUCAUUUACCUCUCAGAAAUACUCCAAUAAUUGUACGUUUGUCUGGAUUCAUUACAUCAUUUAGAGCCUUUCCAUGUGUUGUUGCUGUUUUAAGGUUAUCAUGUGGUUUUAUUACUGUAGUAUUGUGUGAAAAUGGCGCUGGAACCAGAAACUGGGGCUUUAAUGCUUGGUAUAAAUAGGGCAAGCGAAAGUAUGGUUAGUUCACAUAUACUCGAGCUAAUGCAAAAUAGAAAAAGUAGCAUUCCUGAAGGGUCGUUUCUGAAGGGAACUCUGUAUUGUAUAUCGAAACUGGAACAAGGUUGUAACACACUAGAUGUAAAAAUGGAUGCAUAAAUUAUUUACAGCUUUUCCAAGGCAGAAAGCAUUGCUGUUGUAAUAAUGAUGUUCCAUCAGUAUUUUCUUCACCCUGCCAUUGUUGUGAAACCAGGAAUUCUUGUUGAAAGCAAGAGCAACAUGUAUGUAAAUAAUAUAAUAUAUGUUAUAUGAAAACUAAUGCACUUUUAUUUGUAUAAAAUAUGCUGUGGCAUGUAAUAUUGUACAUGCGUUGAUUGGCCUUGGCGACUAAUUUUUCUCCCUUGAUGUUGUAAACCUGGACUGGAUACAGCAACUGAUGCUCUGUCUAACCAGUGUUUGCUUGGGAAUGAUUUGUAGGUGCAAUACUUUCCAAUUAAAAUUCCUCUAGACUUGCAGAAAUUGUGUUUGGUUUCAUUGAAACUUUAGUUGCUGCAAUGAUUUGUUAUUGUACAUGGUACGUUGGGGGUUGACUCGUAAAAUUUCACCCUCCCAGGAUACAAAAAAAAAUUAAGCAACAAAACAUUAUUCAAAUGUGCAUUUGUGUUCUUAACAUUUGUGACAUUGGCUGCUAUCACUGUCAGUUGACGUGGUAAACUUUACAGUGUCUUUUUAAAGAUUUGAAAUGUCAAGGUAUCUAGCAAAUAAUAUAUUUUACUUUUUUAAUGCAAGAAUGAAAAGACGCAUUCAGCAGUGUUGG